AUUAAUUAAUUAAGUGAAUCUCCUUGUUCCAACAACGCCGCUCCAAGUAGCAGCAGCGUUUCUGAAGCGAGAAUGGGCACAAGAGAGGUGUACGAAGAGAAGCUGAGGAAUGGAAAUCUCCACCACGAUCCAACCAUCAACCCUGGCCUUGGUUCCGCACGUUGCCCUCGUUGUCUCUCCCUUCUAAACCCUAAUUCCGAAAGAGGUGAAUGGACUAUUACUCCCGUCUUGCAUGGUGCCACUGCCGUCGCUGGCUCGGGGAUUGGUGGAAUGCUUAGUGCAGUUCAUGGUUUGAAUAAAGGGUUACCAUAUCUUCAAAAUCGUCUGAAAGGACCGAAGUGGAUGCCAUUUGUGGCUGGGAUCCCUCCAUUGUUGAUAUUUUCAGGAGCGAGUGCUGCUUUUGGAGGUUAUGUGCUACCACAGUUCGCCCAACUAACCAUGACAUCCUAUUAUGCCAGCUCGAGUGCCUCACAUUAUGGAAUCUCCCUUCUCACCAGGCAUAUUGAAGAGAACUACAAAUCUAACACUCAGCAUCUCAAGAGUCUCUGAUAAUGAUCCCUUUCAGGUGUAAUAAUUGCAAGGAUGGCAAAUUACCCUUUGGAAAUUUUGUUUACGUUAUUUUUUAUCUGUGUUUAGAUGUACCGUCUUGUGGAUGGUUAAGAAUUCCGAGGUCUAAAUUCUGUUUUUGUUACUCCAUCUGGUAAUGAUUAUAGUGUAAAUAAUGAUUUAUAAUUUGCUUUUAAGCUGCAGUAACCCUUUUUUUUUAGUUA